AUGCAAAAUGACAACUACUUAAUGGAAGAAAUGUUGAAAAAUAAGUCUAUAGAUUAUGAUGCCCUCAAACAUGAUCUGGACACACUCAACAGAACACUGAACAGAUGCUACCAGGAAACUAAAUUUGUUUUAGAUUCCAAACAGCACAGAGGCAAACGUGUUGAAGGACACUGGUUCUGCUGUGGCAUAAAAUGUUAUUAUUUCAUAAUGGACAAUAUACACUGGAAUGAAUGUGAACAGACCUGCCGGGACUGCAGCUUAUCCCUUUUGAAGAUAGAUGAUGAUGAUGAACUGAAGUUCCUUCAGCUCCAAAUUAAGCCAAACACUUACUGGAUUGGGUUAUCAUAUGACACAAGAACAAAGAAAUGGCAAUGGAGUGACGGUGGCCCAUCUAAACUUGACUUGAACACAGCGAAAUUCGAUCAUAAAACUGGAAGAUGUGCAUUUUUAUCUAGAGCAAGACUGGAUAAUGAUAUCUGUGAUCAAUUCUACCCCUGUAUCUGUGAGAAGAGACUGGAUAAUUUCGCUGAUUCAUACCGCAGCAAGAGCUAAAGACAAAAUGGAAUGUGCUGAUCCUCAUUUGUUUCCUAUAAUAAUUUGUGACUCCUUAUGAACAAGGGUUUUGAUCCCAGGACUUGGUUCUCUGUGCAAACAGAGAGAUGAGCUGGAAGAGGUUGAAAAUAUUCUCUGAAACCUGACUUGGCAUAGCAGAGGUAAUCUUUCUUCCUGGAAGACACAGAACACAUCUUCUCUGGUGCAUGAAUACCCUUUGCUACAAUCCCUGAAGAAUCUGUUCUUUCUGUUUACUUAAACACUCAUAGACCUAAA